GCGGACAUUUCCUGCUGUGUCCCCCUGUUAUUAUGUGACUGUCUUUGGCUAGCAGGGACUUGUGCAUUUUGGGACACCACCUGCUCUCGAGUCAACAAGAACAGUCACAUCAGGAUUCAGCAGUCAUAAAUAAGAAAGACACAAUGCUGUCUGCUUUCGUUGCUAAAAGACUGGUAAGUGGGGUAUGCCAGGCAUCAUGGAGACCAGCUGUGGCAGAACUAGUAACUACACGGGGUUACAAAGGAGAGGCACCUGAUGACUCUAGGGGUGACCUAAUUGAGAUCCCCCUGCCCCCCUGGACAGAGAAGGAUGGCGAGACCAUGGACAUCAAGAGACGGCACCUGCUCUUCCAAAGCCGAAAGAGGGGCAUGCUAGAGAAUUGCAUAUUUCUCAGUCUUAAUACAAUGAGCGAGCACCAGUUAAGACAGUAUGACAGACUGAUCAAUGAUCCUAGCAUCAACUGGGACAUCUACUUCAUCUCAACAGAAGCCCAGCCUGUACCUGAUGUGUGCACAGGUGAAAUCAUGGACCUACUGAAGGAGUUCACUAAGAACAGGGAUCAGGAACAGACGCUGGACACACCCAACCUGGAAUACCUGGACAAGGGGAGGCAGUGAAGCCUGGGCUGACACAUCCCUCUCAGGGUGUUUUCACAUAUAGUCCUCUUUAAAGUGAACUCUGGGGUAAAAAAGAAGAAGCAAAAGAUCUCAGUUCUCUUUGUAUUCACACUGCCCUUGCCUUUGAAUAAGGACUCAACUUUUUUUGCCAGUUCACUUCACCUAUUUUGUUGUCAGUCUUCUUUGCAUUCAUAUUGCUAUGUUUAGAAAGGAACCAAUAUCUUUUUCCAACAUUCAUUCAAUGCACUGUGGGUGCAGGACAAGACAUUCCAUCAGAAUGUGUUAUUGGACAACAAUAUAUACCAUAUACCUAUGUACAUUUUGGAAGCUAAUAGAUUGCAUUUAGUUAAAAAUUAGACAUAAUUGUGAUCAGAAGAUUAACAUCUAAAUAUUAUUGGUAACAGAAUAACUGCAGAUUAAAUAAUGCUGUAAUAGAACUGUUGCCUGGGCGCUGAGGACGUGAAUUUCGAUUAAGGCAGCUCUGAUGGAGGGGUUGGGUUAAAAAGCGGAAGACAUAUUUCAGUUGAAUACAUUCAGUUGGACAACUGACCAGGUAUCCCACUUUUCCCUUUUACACCCAUUGUAGGCUACUGCCCCUUUAAGAGCUAGAAUCGAUUUUGUACCUCAUGUUGCGAUUUUUACCAAAUUAUGUUGCCGUCUUCUCACACUAUUCAAACCCCACGGUCGAAUAAACAGCGCAUGAAGUUAUCUUAGCCUAUAGAUCACAUAUUGCAAACAAUUAUCUGAACUAAAAACUCCACGCAUAUUUUGGCAUUUCUGUACAUCCUUGCUAAUCAAUAUCCUUAAACGGCACACGUUUUUUCCCCCGCGAAACUGAACAUUACCAUUUUAUCUCAUUUGUGGCACCAAUGUGGGGGGCAAUUGCAGUGAACACAGUGUUGCAGUAGUCUACUGUGUGGUGCGGGAAUAAUGACAAGCGAUUCUGGGGAUCGUUGUGUUCACAUUGCCCUAAAAAUGGGAACAGGACCGUGGAAUUCAUGGUCCGGUUCGAACAGAACUCAGUCCACCUCUCGCGAUGGUCUAAGUUCUGUUCGGUUCUUUCUUUGGUGGUCUGAGUUCUUUUGGAUUGUUCACACAAUCACACUGCACAAAAAAAUUUAGCGGGGGAAAAAUAUUGUCUGGAAGGGACCAAGUAUGAAAACACCCUCAGAGAAUGCUAAUGGUUCUCAUUUACCAGAGAAACCCUCUUAGACAAGGACAAUUCCUGCAUCAAGCCAUUGCACUACACGCAUAUUUCUAUCACUGGCCUUAUUCAUAAGACCUUCAACACAGAAUGAAAAUAAUGUGUUGGUUCCAUGAGCUGAAAUAAAAGAUCACAGAAAUGUUC